AAGUUGGCUGAGAGGCCCACCCGUGCGCGGGUGAACGAAUCAUCCCAGUGCAGUGCAUUAAGUUCCGCUGAGGCCACAGCUGAGAGGCGGCUCCCGGGGCGCCUCUCCGCACUCUCUUUCAGUGUUCGUGUCAGCCUGCGAUCGUGACAGCCGGUGCAGCAGCGGCAGCACUAGCAGUGCCGUAGGCCACUGAGGACGCCGGUGCCCGCCGGCCGGCUAUCCUGCCGUGUCAGCUGACCCGACUCUGUACCGAGACAGCGCCGCUGCCCAGCGCCCAGCCGCCGAGCCGCUCCAUUCGCGUGGUGCGCGCGCGGAGAGAGCAGCUCGGCGGAGCGGGGAGAGCAGCUCGGCAGAGCGGGGAGCAGUUCGGCAGAGGAAGGAGAGCAGCUCGGAAGGAGAGGGGUUGAGCGGGUAGAGCGGAGCGGCUGAGCUGCACGGGACAGAGCAGAUCAGGCGUAAAGAUGACCGAAGUCAAAUACAAUAAUGGUCCGGACCAGGUGAUACCGACAGAGCUGCGGUACACACACGAGCUGCGCGGCGCCGUCAAAAUCCGCGUGCCGGAGGACUACACGGCCAACAGCAAACCCAUCAGCGUGCCCACACUGCUGAGGACCACGGCGGAACGAUGGCCAGAGCGGAGCGCUAUGAACGUGAAGCGGAACGGCGUGUGGCAGAGCACCUCGUUCGCCGAGUACCACCAGCAGGUGCGCACCGCCGCCAAGGCCUUCAUCCAGCUCGGACUGCAGCCCUUCGACGGCGUGGCCAUCAUGGGCUUCAACGCGCCCGAGUACUUCGUCGCCAACAUGGCCACCAUCAUGGCUGGCGGCGUGUCGACGGGCAUGUACACGACCUCGUCUCCGGCCACGUGCCAGUUCUACCUGACCAACACAGACAUCUCAGUGGUGGUGGUGGAGAACGACAAGUACCUGCAGCGCAUCCUCGAGGUCAAGGACAACUGCCCAAAGCUGAAGACCAUUGUCCAGUACCUGGGGAAGCCCACCGUCGGCAGCGUCCUCUCGUGGGACGAGUUUAUGGCCCAGGGGGCGCUGUGUGACGACUCGCGCCUGGAGGAGCGGCUGCGCGGAAUCGCCGUCAACCAGUGCUGCUCGGUCAUCUACACGUCGGGUACCGUGGGCCAGCCGAAGGGCGUCAUGAUCAGCCACGACAUCUUCACGUGGACGGCCGAGCACGGCUCGCAGUGCGCCAACUUCCGUGACGCCGAGGACAGCACGGUGUCCUACCUGCCGCUCUGUCACGGCGCCGCGCAGAUCGUGGACGUGUACGCCGCACUGCGGGCCGCCUGUACCAUCUACUUCGCCCAGCCGGACGCGCUCAAGGGCUCCCUGAUCGAGACUCUCCGCGAGGUGCGACCCACGCUCUUCCUCGGCGUGCCGCGCAUCUACGAGAAGAUGUACGAGAAGUUCAGCGGGGCGCUGGCCGCCGGAGGUCUUCAGGUGUCUAUCCUCAACUGGUGCCGCGCCCAGUCAUCCGCCUACUGGAAGGCCAGGGAAAAGGACAUCAACACCCCGGUGCCGUGGAGCCUGACGAUAGCCGACAUGAUGCUGCGCCGGGUCCGUGAGAAGAUCGGCAUGGACCGCAUCCGACACGCGGGCACUUCCGCGGCGCCCAUCUCGCCCGACACGAUGGCCUUCAUCCACAGCCUCAACAUCCCAGUCUUCGAGAUGUACGGUCUGAGUGAGACGUGCGGACCUUCAACCAUCAACAACCACAUGGGCUUCAAGCUGGGCAGCAUCGGGCGGGUGUUCCUGGGCUGCAAGCUCAAGAUCCGAGAACCUGACGAGGAUGGAAAUGGAGAGAUCCUGCACUGGGGCCGGAACAUCUUCAUGGGCUACCUGGGCCGUCCGGACGCCAACAAGGAGACGAUUGACGACGAGGACUGGCUGCGCACCGGAGACGUCGGCAGGGUGGACGAGGACGGCUACGUCAGCAUCACCGGACGCAUCAAGGAGCUGCUGAUCACAGCGGCUGGCAAGAACGUGGCCCCGGUGCCGAUCGAGGACACCAUCAAGUCGGAGCUGCCGGCCCUUAUCAGCAACUGCGUCGUGGUCGGGGACCGGCGCAAGUUCCUGGCAGCCCUCUUCACGUUCAAGGUGGAGAUGGACCCUGAUUCGGGCGCGGCCACCGACAAACUGCUCGACACAGCCCGCAAAUGGCUCGGCGAGAGAGGCGUGAAGGCCACUACCAUCUCAGAAGCACUCAAGGAGCAGGAUAAGUACCGCGAUGACAUCCAGAAGGCUGUCACCGCCGCCAAUAACAAGGCCGAGUCACACGCGUGCUUCGUGCAGAAGUGGCGCCUGCUCGACACCGAAUUCUCCAUCCCCGGCGGGGAGCUGGGGCCCACGCUCAAAAUGCGCCGCAAAGUCAUCAUGGAGAAGUACGGCAAGAUUGUGGAAGAGAUCUACAGCGGCUGAGCCACGAAUGAGCCGGGGAUGAGCCGAGAAAUACACAGUGAUUUGCCAAGAUUGAGUUGGGGAUGAGCUGUGUUCGCGACGGCUAGGCAUGGAGUUCGCGGGGCUAGCUCAGUGAGUGUUGAGUGUGUCGUGCAGCAUGAGCCUGAGUGACGUGUUGGGUGAGCUGGUGAUCCUGUCGAGACUGGAAGCUCAGGGCCAAGAGUGACUGAGCUCAGACAGAGCAAAGUUUGAGAACAUUGUGGGUGACGAAUGAGGUUGGCUGUGGCCGAGUCUGUGUUGUGGCCGAGCGUGUGGAGAGUGUGGGACAAGAGACGGGGUGAGCGUGUUCUGAAUGUGAGCGCCAUCUGUACUGGGCGCCAGGCGAGAGUCGACAUAGGAAUGAGAACAAGUUGAAGUGCUAGAAAGGGGCUCAAGAGGCAUAUCAUUCCAUUUGAUAUGGUAGGAUGACGUGGGUAAAAAUGAUAUUGUUUGAUGAGUCAUGACAGUGGUUCGGCUGAGCUGUUAUGAGUUUACAAAAUCAUGUUGACGUAGGCACUAGUCACUAUAUAUACAGCUGCACACAUUGUGUCUGAAGAAGCUUAACUUUAUCGUACUUUUUUAGCUCAAUUUUGACUAGCACUUUCAGAAUGUGGUUGUUGUGUGUGCUGUGUGGGGCUUCGAUCGAAUCGUUGUGCUGCUCUGAAUCGAUUUGAUGACAGAGACAAGUGCCAAAGGGGCGAGCUCCGCAAUUGUUGAAAAACGCUUACAAUAGUGUUGAGUCGAAUAGAGGGGUGCGUCGUUUAUUCAUUAUGAAUGUCGUGCAAUGAAUGCAGCUCAGGCAUAUUUCGGCACGUAGGUACAUGCAAGCGAUGGCUGUGCCUGACUAAAUUUUGACAACUAGUGCCCGCCUGGCUCGAGAUGCUUAUGCGACGUGGGAAAACUCUUACAUUGCAAUGCAAAGCAUUGUUGAGAUUUGUACAUGAAUGUCGACACAUGCACCUGCCUUAGAUCAGUUGUCGCUGACUCAUACAUGGGUACAAAUGGGUAGGUAUGACAAUUGACAGGUACAUGGGUAAACGGAAUGAAGAAAUAGCGCCGCUGGAACGAAAGUAUCAAGAGGCGUAAGGACAACUUUUCUGUGGAGCUGAGUGUCGAUGUGAAAUGCGGCCGAAUUUCACAGCAAUGUGUUCCCAAAUGUGCCUUAGAUGUUAUAUUAUGGAAGCGACUGUUGGGUUCAGAGAAUAUACGACUUAAACGUAUUA